GAGUCAGGGGGGCGGAGCUGGCCUUCCGGAAGUGGAUACAAUCCGAUACAAAGUAUCAGAAGAGAUCUGUGCUGAGAGACAUGGAGGAGCCCAGUACCCGGAUCUUCAUCCUUCUUCUCCUCAGUCUGGCCGCAGUGUGGGGGAGUCAGACCACCGCACCGGCCCCCCAACCCCUCACCAGACCAUGCAGCUUCUAUACCGGAAGGACUUGUGAAGAGUGCUUGAAGAAUGUUACUUGCCUGUGGUGUACAACAAAUAACACCUGUCUGGAUUAUCCUGUGAGGUCGAUCUUUCCUCCUUCCUCUCUAUGUGCCCUGUCCAAUGCAAGAUGGGCCGCUUGCUGGAUAAACUUUCAAGUGCUGAUUAUCGCCAUGUCUGUGGUGUUGGGAGUCAUCCUUAUAUGUUUCGUCGUCUGCUGCUGUUACUGUUGUUACUGCAGGAAAAGCUCGAGUACCAGGCUUAGACUGGAAGCAGAAGAAGAGAAUCUUAUCCGAGAGAGAGAAAGGAGGAAACAGGAAUCCCUCCAGAGGAAGAAUGAGAGGACCAUAAAACACAAUGAGAUUCGGAAGAAAUAUGGUCUCCUCCAUGACACCGAUCAUCCCUACAGCAAGUUUGAUGACUAAUAAAUGAGGAUCGCUUGCUUCACUCCGUCCUGAUGCAUGAGCGCCAUCCCGAAUUAGGGUCCCCGUUCUCUAGGCUAUUAACCAUCGCAUGCAUGCGCCAUGCAAAGUCUAACUUGAAGCUGUUCUGAAGUUUUACACUUUUAUUUUAUUUUUUUAUCACCUUGUUUUAGCCAUUCAUUUCACUGUGGAUAUGAUUUAUAUUAUUGUGUGAAUGUGAAACUUUUUCUUUGUUGUAUUCUGUCAACAUUUUAUGUUAACCUUAAAACCACUAGCCAACUAUGAUUUCUAAACGUGGUCACUUUGUGUUCUUUUUUUUGUGUGGUGAUGUUUGUUUGUGUUUUUUUUUUUUGUGGGGGGGGUGUCUUUUCUGUUUAGUAGGACAGAGUCGUGGGGUUGUGGCCCUAUCUGGGUUCUGAUUUGUUACUCAUUUUUACAUUAGAUAUGGUUAUACUUUUGUAAAGUAAACUUUUUUUGGUACACCUU